CCGCCUCCUCCCGGCGCGAGCGGGCGGCGCGCUCCGGAGGGAGAGCGGGGCCGGAGGAGGUUUGCUACCCCCUCGGCGGCCAGCACCUGCCCCACGCCGCUCCGCGCCCGCGCGGACUGGGCAUCCGGGGGCGCCCGCACCUUUCUCCCCCCGGGCCGGGGAGCCAGCCAGGGGGCAGCGCCGGAGCCCGGGGGGAGCGCGGCCCCGCCGGCCGGCCGGCCCGCCCGGGCUGGGGGCAGCUAGGACGGCCCCGGGCCAAGUGGAGUCCGCAGAGGGCCCUGGGCAAGCAGGGGGCAGCGGUGAUGGGUCCUGACGGUGGCUGAGCCCCUAGCCCCUGGAAUAUGCAGCCCGGGGGAGCCCCAGGCAGCGGCGAGGACGCGGUGGCGGAGCCGGGUGGGAGGCAUGGUCUCCACCUACCGGGUGGCCGUGCUGGGGGCGCGAGGUGUGGGCAAGAGUGCCAUCGUGCGCCAGUUCCUGUACAACGAGUUCAGCGAGGUCUGCGUGCCCACCACCGCCCGCCGCCUCUACCUGCCUGCUGUUGUCAUGAACGGCCACGUGCACGACCUCCAGAUCCUCGACUUCCCGCCCAUCAGCGCCUUCCCGGUCAACACGCUGCAGGAAUGGGCAGACACCUGCUGCAGGGGACUCCGGAGUGUCCACGCCUACAUCCUGGUCUACGACAUCUGCUGCUUUGACAGCUUUGAGUACGUCAAGACCAUCCGCCAGCAGAUCCUAGAGACGAGGGUGAUCGGCACCUCGGAGACGCCCAUCAUCAUCGUGGGCAACAAGCGGGACCUGCAGCGCGGACGCGUGAUCCCGCGCUGGAACGUGUCCCACCUGGUGCGCAAGACCUGGAAGUGCGGCUACGUGGAGUGCUCGGCCAAGUACAACUGGCACAUCCUGCUGCUCUUCAGCGAGCUGCUCAAGAGCGUGGGCUGCGCGCGCUGCAAGCACGUGCACGCCGCCCUGCGCUUCCAGGGCGCGCUGCGCCGCAACCGCUGCGCCGUCAUGUGAUGCGGCUGGGCGCGGGGCGGGAGGAGAACUCCGACGGCCCAGUGUGGGGCCUGCGACGCCCCCGCAGCCACGCACCUCCCCCCGGUGGGGGGAGAGAGGCCGAGGGCGGCGAGAGGGAGCGUCUCCGUCAGCGCCCCGUCCCCACUCCCGCGCCUGUGCGCCCCGGGACGGCCGCUUCUAGUGCUGUAUGUAGUUCCUGCGGUUCCCGGCCCGGCCCCAGGGGCGCCCCGCCCUCCGGGAUCACGGUGCGCGCGCGGGACACGCCGGGUGGGGGUGGGGUGGUGCUGCCUUGGCCGGACCCCCCCCCACCCCCUACACACACCCGUCUUCUCCAGA